UUCUUCUUCUCUCUCUCCCAAUUUUCAAUCCCUUUCCCUUUCCUUUUCAUCUUCCCAUUUUUCCUGAUCUCCAAAUGUAAUCAAAACCACUCGCUCCCUUUUCUCUUUUCUCCCUUUGAGAUUUCCGGUCAAUGUCUGACUCCGACUCCGACUCGGUGCCGGUGUUCCCCGCUCGGCCCUGGCGACCAGACGAUCUUCUCAACGGCGGCUCUGCGGCAUCGUACGGCGGAGUACCGGUGUACUCGGGCGUCAAUGCCAUGAAGCCGGAGGGAGUCGGCGAGCACGUGCGGGAGUUCGCGGCCGCGGCGGCGGAGAUGGCGGUGGCGUUCGGGAAGGGGUGCAGGGAUAUUGCGAGGCAGAGCUUGGGGAACAGGGACUCGGCGGUGGCGCGAAGCUUCGAGAAGGUGAAGGAGUCGUACAUUGGGAAGAGAAUGAAGAAGCUGGGUGUGAAGCUGACGUUUAUGAAUGAGUAUUUGCCGGAGGAUAAGGAGCCGCUUCAUGCUUGGUCUGUGAUUCUCUUCGUCGCCGUUUUGGCUUUGACAGUAUUGAUUGUGAAUAUGGAAACUACCGCUACCACUCCGGAGGUAGUGAAGAAGGUAUUCAUACAUCCUCCUAGUGCCGCCCGCAUUCUGCUUCCAGAUGGUAGAUACAUGGCAUAUAAGGAGCAAGGAGUUCCAGCUGACAGAGCUAGAGUCUCUAUCAUUUCUCCACAUUCCUUUCUUUCCUCCAGGCUGGCAGGAAUUCCGGGACUUAAGGCUUCACUACUGGAAGAGUUUGGUGUUCGCUUAUUGACGUAUGAUCUUCCUGGAUUUGGAGAGAGUGAUCCUCAUCCCAACAGGAACCUUGAAACUUCAGCAAUGGAUAUGUUGCUCUUAGCUGAUGCUGUUGGUGUUAAUGAUAAGUUUUGGGUUGUUGGAUACUCCAGUGGAAGCAUUCAUGCGUGGGCAGCACUCAGAUACAUUCCUGAUAGACUUGCAGGUGCUGCCAUGAUCGCUCCAAUGGUCAAUCCAUAUGAUUUAAUCAUGAAUAGGGAAGAGAGGCGUAGAACCUGGAAAUGGUGGACAGGAAGAAGGCAAUUUUUGUACUUUUUAGCGAGGAGGUUUCCCAGAUUUCUUUCUUACUUUUACCACCAGAGCUUUUUAUCUGGAAAGCAUGGACAAAUUGACAAAUGGCUCUCAUUGUCACUGGGAAAGAGGGAUAAGGCUUUAAUAGAGGAUCCAAUCUAUGAAGAAUUCUGGCAGAGGGAUGUUGAAGAGUCAAUUAGGCAGGGCAGUGCAAAGCCUUUUGUGGAGGAAGCUGUUUUGCAGGUAUCGAAUUGGGGUUUCAGCCUUGCAGACCUCAAAUUGCAGAAGAAGCAACAAGGGAAAGGAAUGCUCAAUUGGCUCAAGUCUGUGCUCAGUGCAGCUCAGGAGGAAUAUAUUGGCUUCCUUGGACCAAUACAUAUAUGGCAGGGGAUGGAUGAUAAGGUGGCGCCACCGUCAAUGACAGAUUUUGUGCACAGGAUUUUACCAGGAGCUGCUGUACAUAAGCUCCCCUAUGAGGGUCAUUUCACAUACAUCUACUUUUGUGAUGAAUGCCAUAGACAGAUAUUCACUACACUCUUUGGAACACCACAAGGGCCAAUCAACAUCACCACAGAAGUGGAGCGAGGUCCUCUCCGAGCACAUACCGAAGAACAGGAGGAGAUAACCGUUGGUGAUUCAGUUCUGGCACGAGCUGAGACAUGAUUAUCUAGUUAGUGCAGGGAGGAAGUGUAUAUACCAUAGGGUGUUCUGCCACACAUAGAUGGUUAAGAAAAAAGGGAAAAAAAUGAAGAAUAGUAGUAUGAACGAACAACUUCGACAUCGUAGUGGUUCUCUGGUUUCAAGCUAUACUUUUUGCGCUGUUCUAGUUGGGAUUCUCAGGUGGAGUAUGAUAGUAGCAAGUUUUGGCCAGGAAAGAAUAUAAAGAAAGAUACCAAAGUUGUUUCGA